AUGUAUGUUCGUAAAAUAACUACUCCACGACGUUGUUGUCGAUCGCUUCAUACUGAACUUCAACAUAUGCCAGUAAAACUCCAGAAAUCUAAUGAUACUACAUAUGCAUACGUUCGGUCAUUAGGUUCCAACGUUGGUGCUAUAGAAAAUAAAUCGAAUGGCGAUGGAGACCGUCUACAACCGGACUCUUAUAUUUCCACUACGUGCUAUGGUCGAAUUGAACCAUCAAGUUCUACUUGUAGUCAAAACUUCGUUGGAUCGAUGAACAGUGGAACAAGCUUUGCUAAUGUCACUGAAAAUCAUCGAUAUCGCUGUUCAAUGAGAAAGAGUACCUUAAACAGUGGUCUUGGCCAAUUUAAUAGGAACAAGCAAAAAUCAGGUGAAAAAAUUAACGUUUGGUCUAAUGAAAAACAAUCUACUAAUGACAAUCAACGAACCUCAAAAAGACGACAAAAAUAUUUUUGUCGAAUUUGUUGUUCCUGUUCUCCUCUGUACGCAUUAUUUUGUCCAGUGAUUGGCGUUCUUCUGGCUACUGCCUUUGCUGCGUUACUUAUUACAUUACUUAAGCUUCAAGCAACUACAUCAACGAAGACUACAAUGUACCUAGGUAAGCAAAAGACGGAGUAA